CAAUUUCCUUCCAAGAUGGCUGCCAAAACUAUGCCUAUUUCUGUUCCAUCGGAAAAACCUUUAAAACUCGCCAAAUGGAAAAUAAAACAAGGUGCAUUUGUGUCACAGGGACAAAUAUUAUUUUUGUACAGUGAUUCUUCAGGCAAUGGUAAUGAAAUAAAGAAGUUUAAAGCGGCACGCGCUGGUACUGUAUCGACCAUCAAGGUGAAGGAAGGAGACGUCGUAGAACCUGGCACGGAGAUAGCAGUGUUAGAAGAAUGCCGGCACCCAACAGUGAUGAAAGACAUGUGUGCAGAGUGUGGGACAGAUCUCCGCACAGAUGAAAAUGCUAAACUGGAUGUAGCUAUUGUGCCUAUGGUCCAUUCUGUGCCUGAACUGAAGGUAUCAGAAGAAUUAGCUCAAAAAUUGGGGCGAGAGGAUGCUGAGCGUCUACUAAAGGACAGAAAACUGGUACUGCUUGUGGAUCUGGACCAAACCCUAGUUCAUACCACCAAUGACAAUGUACCUUCAAAUUUGAAGGAUGUUCUACACUUCUUCCUCCGAUGUCCAGGGAGCCCAGGACGAUGGUGUCACACACGCUUAAGGCCUCGUACUCAUGAAUUCUUAGAAUUAGCAUCAAAGAAUUAUGAACUACAUGUCUGUACUUUUGGUGCAAGACAAUAUGCUCAUGCUAUUGCAGAGCUGUUGGAUCCAGAGAAAAAGUAUUUCUCACAUCGGAUACUGUCUAGAGAUGAAUGUUUUGAUGUGAGGACAAAAGCUGCAAAUUUAAAAGCACUAUUUCCAUGUGGGGACAACAUGGUAUGCAUAAUAGACGAUCGCGAGGACGUGUGGAGGCACGCGUCGAACCUUAUCCAUGUGCGGCCUUAUUCCUUCUUCCAAUCAACGGGCGACAUCAAUGCGCCACCGCUAUUGCCUGAAGAAAAGCCCAAACUACCGAGUGGCAAAAACGGCGCUCAAAUACCAGAGAUCCACCAAAUGCCUACAUUAGAUCCUGAGCCUGAACAAAAGGAACAAAAAGACGUGAAGGUCACAGAGGAUGAUAAGACAAGUGAGGGAGAUAAUGGCAAAAUUCUUAAUAAAGAUAAAGAGGACACUGUUGAAGACAGUGGAGAAAAAGUUAUUGUUACAGCUGACGAAGUUGAAGUGGAAGAUAGACCAGAAGUAAUGGAGCCAAAAUGGGUGGAAACCCCUGACGGACAGAUCGAAGUGGAAGAUCCCGACGACUACCUCAUUUAUUUGGAAGAUAUACUUAAAAGGAUACAUGAUCAUUUUUACGAUCUCUACGAUAAAAUGGGCGGAAAACAGAUCCCAGAUCUCAAAGUAGUGAUACCAGAAGUGAAGGGUAAAGUUCUAGAAGGCACAAGUCUCGUCUUCAGUGGAUUAGUUCCUACUCAUCAAAGGCUGGAGACGUCGCGAGCGUACUUAGUUGCUAGAAGUCUAGGUGCUGAAGUCACACAGGACUUCACUGAUAAUACUACACAUUUGGUAGCUGUUAGAUCAGGUACAGCAAAAGUCCACAUAAGUAAAAAAAUGAACGAAGGAAAGAACAAACUGCACGUUGUCACGCCAGACUGGUUGUGGACCUGUGCUGAGCGGUGGGAGCGAGUCGAUGAGAGAUUGUACCCCUUACAAAGAGGGGGACAGAGUAGCUCGCGUCGGCCGCCGGCACACUGCAGCAGCCCACCGCCCGCACCUCCCGCCGCCGCGCUGCGCAAGCGCACGCCUUCUGGCCGGUUCAUGGACACGCUUAACCCUCUGCUCUCCUUCUCCAGUGACGACAUCGCUGAUAUGGACCGAGAGGUAGAGGACAUAUUUAACGAAUCAGAUGAAAGUUCGUCAGAUGAAGAGUCAAAAGCUCAAGGCGAUGACCUGGACGACGAAGAAAACCCGCCGGAAGAUAGGCUACUUACUGUUGAAGACAGUCAAGAUCGAUUAGAAGAAACACAAGGUUUUGAUGAAGAAGAUAGUGAUACAAACCUAGAUGCAGAUGGUCCCAGACGUAAGAGACCGCGACCAUCCACUCCUCCAUCAGAUGACGAACCUCCUGACGACGAUGACAGUUCUUGGCGGCUCAUGGGUGCUGCGCUUGAGCGGGAGUUCCUCGCACAGGACUGAUGUCCGUUGUUUACGAUCAAUAAAUUGUGCUCUACAGUACCUGUUAGUUUUAU